AUGCUGUACGCUACUCCUCCCAGAACAGAGCCAACCGUAAACAGAAGGAGGGAAAAUAAUAGCAGUGGUCUGCGUCCGAAUACAUGUGAUAGGGUUAUGAAUACAGGCUACCAGACGGUAGAAGUAAAGAGGAAGGAUGUACCGGCCCAGAAAGCCUCAAUUGCAUUUCCAUUAAGAACCUCAGAUAUUGUCUACACAAAUGCGGUUGGAAAUGUUAGAGAGGUACAUGCAGCGAUAUAUCUCUUCCCUGGCUUGGAUGCUACCACCGGUUGA